CUCAGGAACAUGGCAGCAAAACAAGCGAUGCGAAAGGAAGCAAUCUGAAGUCGAUGAGACAGAAACAAGACACGACGAGCAUGAGCAAGACAGGCAUGUACAUCAAUCUAGGCUCAGGGCCACCUGUACCUGUCCCUCAGAGGAGCAUAAGACUUUGGACCAAACCGGAUCAAACCGCGUAGCAGUGCAAAGACAAAGCAGACUGAAACAGGUGCUAGCUGACCAGUACAACGCCCGAGGUAGUAUCAUCAUGACAUCUGCACUCAGACACGGGGCCACAAGCAAGAGUUGCCGAAUGUACGAGUACCAAGCAGUAGGCUCCUCUCCACACCAAUGUGCAACUUCAGGAAACAUGCCAUCGCUCCCCGACAAGCUGCAGACAAACAUCGCCGAUCAGCCAUCAGAGCCUAGCCCCAUCACCAAGCCCCUUUCCCUGACCUUGAGCGAAGGCUUCGACUCCUCGGCAUCGAGCUCGGGCUCAGAAGACUCGGCGUACGGAAGCGCUCUGUCGUCGGACGAGGGGGUGGGCGUGGGGACGGAGAGCCAGAGCGAUGCUGAGCCCCAGCAAUACGAGUACGACGACGGCAACAGCGAGCUCUUCGCCCAUGUCACCCUCAGACGAAAGCAUCAUGAGGACCUCCGCACCAGAGACAGCGUCAUGCUCGACAGCACGACCGUCACCAGCUACUUCCACAUGCGCCAGAGCGAGGCGGCGGCGGCGUUCGGGAUCUCGCUGACAUCAAGGCCGCAUGCAGGAAGCUCGGCAUCCAGAGGUGGCCGUACAUGCGACAGAAGGCGGCUGCUUCCGCCCAGACCGCCAUGACAGACCCAGACCAGGAGGCCGGCGGGGCGCGUGGGAGGAGGCGCGACCGGCGGGUCACGACGGGCCCAGGCGCUGGGGCGGAGCAGGAGCAGGCAGGCAGGGCUCGAUGGGACGGCAGCCUUGAGGACCUGAUGGAGGAGGCGCUGGAGCAUUGCACGCGGAAGGAAGAGGGGCAGUUUAUAGCAGAGGGCAAGUGAAGGCGUCCGUCAGCCUUU